CCAGAAUGAACAGCCAGCCCCUUCUCAUCGCUCUUGAAGCAAGUUACGUUAAUUUUUUGAAGGGAGCUGGUGGUUGCUGCCACGACAGAAUCCCCAGCCCAGAUUGAGCGCGGAUUAUCUUGCUUUGACCCUGAAACCCCACACACUGAAGUUAGCGACCCGGGAGGGUCUAUUUUUCCCACGUUCGGACUCUGGUCCAGAGCUCGAUCCUGGUGCAGGCACUUUUCUCCUCCAUCUAAUGUGCCCUUCACCACGUGUGCCCAGCGGAGCCUGCAGUGAACCUGCAGGGCGCCGGUUCGAGUGGGAAAGCCAAACCUGAUGAAGGAAGCAGAAGCGCGCCCUCUGAAGUCACGUGGUCCAGGCCACACCCAAGGAAACGACUAAAUCACGUGACACCGAGUCUAGGAACGUUUUUCUCACGUGACGGAGAAACCCCGGGUGGACCAAUAAGGAAGCGGAGGCCAGGCUGGCGGGCGAGGAGGGGAUGGUGAGCGGGAAGAGAACUUUAGGCAUUCCUAGUAGCUGCUGGGACUCAUUGUGGGUCCUAUCCCGUCCCGGUCUGGUUACAGAACAAGCUGGACUUUAGUGUUUAUGUAUCAUGAAGUGCCUGAUCACCGGGGGCAACGUGAAGGUGCUAGGCAAGGCUGUCCAUUCGCUAUCCCGAAUCGGGGACGAGCUCUAUUUGGAACCCUUGAAGGACGGGCUCUCCCUACGGACUGUGAACUCUUCCCGUUCUGCCUAUGCCUGCUUCCUCUUUGCCCCACUCUUCUUCCAACAGUACCAGGCGGCUUCCCCAGGUCAGGACCUGCUGCGCUGUAAGAUCCUAAUGAAGCUUUGUGGGGCCCGGCCAGUGAUGGACCAGGGCCUACAUGGGAUGUAGAGCUGGUCCAUGGAAGCAGAGUACCAGGCUGAUGUCCUACCUUGCCCAGUCCUUCCUGUCCGUCUUCCGCUCUCUGGUAACGGUGGAGAAGACUGUGGAGAAGUGCUGUAUCUCCCUCAGUGGCAGCAACAGCCACCUUGUGGUCCAGCUCCACUGCAAGUAUGGGGUCAAGAAGACACACAACCUCUCCUUCCAGGACUGUGAAUCCCUGCAGGCUGUCUUCCACCCAGCCUCAUGCCCCCACUUGCUCCGCACCCCAGCACGGGUUCUGGCAGAGGCUGUUCUGUCCUUUCCCCUCGCGCUCACUGAGGUGACACUGGGUAUUGGCCGUGGCCGACGGGUCAUCCUGCGCAGCUACCAGGAAGAGGAGGCAGAUAGCAGCAGCAAAGCCAUGGUGACCGAGACUAGCAUUGGGGAGGAGGACUUCCAGCAGCUGCGUGCCCCAGAAGGGAUAGCUGUCACCUUUUGCCUCAAGGAAUUUCGGGGGCUCCUGAGCUUUGCAGAGUCAGCGAAUUUGCCUCUUACCAUCCACUUUGAUGUUCCAGGCAGGCCAGUCAUCUUUACCAUUGAAGAUUCCUUGCUGGAUGCCCACUUUGUCUUGGCCACACUCUUAGAGCAAGACUCAUGUUCCCAGGACCUGUGUUCCCCAAAGCCCCACCAGCCAGUGCCUCAGAAGCAGGCAAAUAGCACACCCCACUUAGAUGACUUUACCAAUGAUGACAUCGACUGUUACAUGAUUGCCAUGGAAACCACCGUGAGCAAUGAGGGCUCUGGGGCACAGCCUUCCACUUCCCUCCCACCUGUCCCCCAGGCCUCCCAUGACUUUGCCCCCACUUCAGAGGAGGAAGAGGAGGCUGAGUCCAGUACAGUGCCUGGGACUCCCCCACCCAAGAAGUUUCGUUCACUUUUCUUUGGCUCUAUCUUGGCCCCUGCACACUCCCCGCAGGGUCCUAGCCCUGUGCUGGCUGAAGACAGUGAUGGUGAAGGCUGAACUUGAGAAACUGAAGUCUGUGUCCAAAGGCUUAUGGACCAGAAACAGGCCCAGCCACUGGCAGAGUUGGGCAUCAGUCCCUGGACAUGGACGUGGAAAAGGUCUAGGCCUUGGGCAGGCCCCCACUUGGCUGUGCUGCAGAGCUGCCUAGGCAACCAUGUUGGUCUGUGUUCUAUAUUUACUCAGCCUAUACCAAUCAUGUCUCUUUCUGGUGCACAGCUGUCACCUCUUACUUUGAGGCUCUGUAGUAUCUGGCCAGAGCCAGAAACUUAUCCUCCUCAGGCUCACUUGUCUCUAAAGCCUCUAAACAAAGAAAGAUCAGUGUUGAAUUCACUGCCAAUCAUGAACUCCCCUGUCGACCCUUCUGUGGUCCAUAGGAACUGUUUUCUCUUUCCUAACACUUGGGCCUUGGCUUAGAAUCCUAACAGCCUCAGGACCUGACUGUCACUGGUGUGGCCCUGGCCGGGCCCAUGUCCAGCCACUCAGUCGCCCUCCCAGGUGGCUUUGUACCAAAGGACUGUUGGCCCACUGUCUGGGAUGAGGGAAACACAGGCCAUGGCGAGAAUCCAGCUUUGACCUUUAUUCAAGAGACCAGAUGGGUUGCCCCAGGAUCUGGCUGCCAGCCAAGCAAGGCUGGAGACCCACAAUCUGGUCUGCCAUUGCCCUGAGCUGCAGCCUUGGCCCCAGGAUUCCACUUGCAGCCACCACAGGUGCUGGUGGGAGGGAGCCCUGGGAGAUUAGAUGCUGCUAUUGAUUCUUUAAAAAAUAAAGGAAAGACACUUUA